UCAACGUUUAAAACUUUAAACAUUGAAGACCUGUUAAUUACAUUCAAAACUAUGUGAAAUGUUCAAAGAGAAGUUUAAAUAUUAUAAGAGGAAAUCACCACUUCCUGAUUUAUCUUCAGUUCUAGAAAUGAACCCACCUUUCGACCCGAAGCAAGUUCGACGCAUAUCACCAAAAAUGCCAGGUCCCUUAAAUUUAGAUUCUUAUGGAAUUAAUAGCCUAGACACAUGGGUUCUUUUGGAAUUAAUUCAGCAUCCUGGUUUAAUUAUUUUGAGAAAUCCUUUUACCCCUAAGGGACAAAGGUACUGGAUAAGAAAAUGCUUAGAAGAGUAUACAAGACCGCCAAACAAAAACAACUUGUUGACUCAUGGACUACUUUCUGAAAAUGAUGAUUGGUGGCACAUGUGCAAUGAUAAUGAAGCCAAGAGUAAAAUUUAUAAACAACUAAGAUGGGUGACCCUUGGCUACCAUCAUAACUGGGAUACUAAAGUGUAUUCUGAAAAUUUGAAAAAUGAUUUUCCGCCUGAGUUAAAUGAACUGUGUAAAAUCAUUGGAAAAUGUAUUGGCAAUUGGGAUGUCGAUGCGCAGGCAGCAAUAAUCAAUUUUUAUCACAUGGAUUCAACACUGUCAGGUCAUACUGAUCACUCUGAACCAAACAACACGGCGCCUUUGUUCUCUUUUAGUUUUGGACAGAAUGCUGUAUUUUUGAUCGGGGGCCAGGAUAUCAACGAUGAUGCAACAGCGAUUCUCGUUGAAAGCGGAGAUUGUAUUGUCAUGUCUUCCCAGAGUAGACUGAGUUACCACGGAGUUCCGAAAAUCGUCGCAACGAAAUUAAGACCUUGGAGCAACGAAGGGAUGUUGUCAGAGGACUGGAAAGAUUUUGAAAAUUAUGUAACUGAGUCAAGGAUAAAUAUGAAUGUUAGACAAGUUUUGAAUCCUGGGCAGAAACAUUUAUAAAUAUUUUAAUAAAUUUUGUUUGGUCUUACAAAAGGUAUAAUUCUUUUGUUUUCUAAUUAUCCCUUCCAGCCUUCUAAAGAAACAAGGCUGAACAGUUUCUCAGAGCAAAAGAAAAGUAUCUAACCAAUAAUAAUGAUAAUAAUAAUUUCAGAACCUUUUUUUAUUUAUUUUGUUUUUUUACUUAAUUUAUUUAUAUCUACAAUUGUAUGGCAUUGUAGAGGAAGCUAUUCAUUGGCAACCACUCUGGAUUAAUCAUUCAAGAGGUCUCUUAUCCAUAUUCUUUUCAGCCUUUGACGGGGUAAUUGUUAGGCAUUGAGUAAUUGUAUUUGUGUGUUAAAUGGGAUCUGGUAAUUUAGUGUGAAAACGUUUGUAAUACGUUUUCAUGGACAUAAAAAUAGCAUGUGAAGAUCUCUGUGAAGUAUGUUCUUGUUUACAUAAUAAGGGACAGAAGCAAUUAGUCGUAAAGACUUUUAUUUUUGUUAAACUUUGUAAUCUUUGAAUAUUGGAAUAUAUGGCCGAUCUGAAAACCUGGCACGUGUACAUCCAAAUUGGUUUAAGUAAGCAUGUAUAUUUGAAAGUUUUGAUUUUAAUGGUAAUUUUGAUCAUUUUUUUGAUAGGGAGUGAACCAUUUUAAAUCAUUUGUUGUGUCUGUUUUUUGAUCGUUUGUGCACAUUCCAAGUUAGCCCCUUAUCAAAUGUAACCACUAAUAGUUCGCCGGAUAUAGAAACAGGUUCAUUGUAUAAGUGGUUAAACUUUAUUUUCCAGACUUCCAUUUUUUAAUUGUGGACAUAUGAUUUUUGUAACGUAUGGUUAGCUUUGUGAGCAUCUCAGAAACUUUAAAUACAUUAUCUUACUAUA